CCUGUGGCGCACACAAAAAUCCAUCCUGAUCAGAAACUAGGUGAAAGUGUUCAGCAACUUCUUCUAGCAAAAAUUGCAGUCUACUUGAUGACCUUCUUAAUAGUCACAGUGGCAUGGGCAGCUCAUGUCAGGUUAUUUCAGGUGAUAGAGCUCAUAGAUGAUGUCCUUGCUCUUCUAAAUCUGGCUUGUAUGAUGAUCAUAACUUUCUUGCCAUACACGUUUUCCUUAAUGGCCUCCUUUCCAGAAGUACCUUUUGGCAUUUUCCUGUUCAGUGUCUGUGCUGUUGUCAUUGGCCUUAUACAGGCUGUGAUAGUAGCAUAUGGAUUCUAUCACCCACAUUUACUGAAUCAACAGAUACAGAUGUCUGAAAACCAGAAUUUCUAUAAAUACCGUAUCUUAAAGAUUAUCCUAAGAGGACCAGUUCUGUGCUUUUUAGCAGCUAUCUUUUCUUUUUUCUUUAUUCCUCUGUCUUAUUUACUUCUUGGGCUUGUAAUCGUUUUUCCAUAUCUCACUCGAUUCAUUACCUGGUGUAAAACCAAGAUUGUUGGUCAGAGAGAUGAAGAAGAGGAAGACCGUAGCUUGGAAACCUUCAAUUUUUACCUCAGUGAGCCUUUGAGUAAGGAACGUGUAGAAGCAUUCAGUGAUGGAGUCUAUGCCAUUGUAGCAACCCUACUUAUUUUGGAUAUAUGUGAGGACAACGUCCCUGAUCCGAGAGAAGUUGAGGAGAAGUUCCAUGGCAGCCUUCUUGAAGCUUUAAGUGAAUACGGGCCAAACUACCUUGCCUACUUUGGCUCAUUUGUAACAAUUGGUCUCCUGUGGUUUGUCCAUCAUUCGCUUUUCCUUUAUGUAUCAAAAGCUACACGAUUAAUGGGACUGCUUAACAUACUUUCAUUGGCUUUCAUUGGUGGGCUUCCACUCGCUUACCAGCUAACCAGUGAAUUUGCAGAGAAGUCUCACAAUGAAAUAGAAGCCAUUCAGAUCAGCUGUGUUAUCACUUUCUUUGCCAGCAUAUUUCAGUUUGCAAUAUGGACUACAGCCCUCCUCCAUGAAAGGGAAACUUUGCAUCCUUUUGCUAGAUAUGGUGGCAAGGAGCAUGCCUUCAUGUUUGCCAAGCUGGCUCUCUACCCUUGUGUGAGCCUUGGGGCCUUCUUUCUGACAUGCUUGUUGAGUGAAUUUAGCACAGCUAUUUUCCAUCUUAUGCAGAUCGUAAUCCCGUUUGCUUUUCUUGCCCUGCGCAUUUUUGUGAGAAUUUCUUUAACUGUCAUAAAGUCUGUGAUGUCUCUCUCCAGACAGAAGGUGGUGUUGUUAGAAGAAGAGGAGGCAUGCUUGUCCCCUUCUGACACGCUGUCAUGAAUUCCUGCGCAGCCCCUGUGAAAUUGUGACAUUGACU